AUGACUGUAUAUUUGGCCGUGGAUUCAUCUUUAUCAAUGCGAUUACCUAUUGACGACAAUAGUGAAAUGUCGAGGCGGGUGAUUGCAUGUCAGCUAGCUUUACAAACUCUCCAAAAAGUUCAGGCCUUGGAUAUGGACCGUAAGAUUAGAUUGGUUGAUUUCUCACACAAUUCAAAAAUUAUAUCAUGCGACAUUCGAAACAUUGAAGAUGCGGAAAAAAAUUUGAAUUGCAUAGGUGUAUCAGCUUCAGCUGAUCUAAUCUCAUUGUUCUUAUUGAUAAAAAUGGAAAAUGACGAUGAAACUAGCAUCCUUCUAGUGUUCACGGAUGCAUGUACUUUCACUCCGGAGGAGGUGAACUUGACACAUCUGCCGAAUUGUACGGUCAAAUUUGUUUGCGUUCUGGAUGAAGUCUUAACGGACGAGAAUCAGAUUGCUCGACUGUGGGCUAUUUCAUUGCAGACGGAAGGUUUCAAAGAAGAAUUUGAGCUUGAAGACAGCCUACCCUGGAUGCCGUAUUUCAUGUCAGAUUACGACACCAUAGACAGUUAUAGUGAUGCUCUAGCAAAAGAUUUAUGUCCUGUACCAACAUUUUUGUUAAAAUGUGGCUUAUUAAGAGCAUAUUUUAAGACUCUACCAUCAGUAGAUAACGAUGAUUGGAAUACGGUUGUUGAAGUAAUUGGUUUCGUUCCUGUAAAUUAUCUGACGAAUAUGCCAACCACUCGACAUCAUUUUCUUAUCUCACAGCUGGAUAGUGAAGAUGUUCUAAAUUUGUUGUGUUCUGCACUACGCUUAGAGGAAACCGUAGCGAUUUGUCGCUUGAAUAAUUUAUAUGGCGCGUUAUGUCAUAUUAGUGCGAAGGAAGAAGACCCUUCAGUUUGUCGACUUUCAAUUGUAUUAUUUCCACCUGGUCCAGUGCCCGUUUCCUGGUUGCCUCCAUUUACUACAAUGUCUUCACAGAGCGUUGUUGAUGCUGAAAAUGAAGAGCAGUUGUUCUGUAUCACGAAUGAUGGCCUUUCUAGGCCUUCAUAUUCUUCAACACAAAGGACUUGUUGGUAUGAGGUUCACGGAUUACAAAGUGAUGUCCAGAAAAUUGCUCGGUUACUGAAGAAGAUUCCCGACAGGACAUUCUUAUUUUAUUCGGAAUUAAAUAGGAUACAUGCUUAUUGUUGUGCCAUCGGUGCUGAAGAUGUUUUGGAAAAAUUAAUCCAGGUUUUGGAUGAAGAGAGUUCCGCGCAAUCACCGUUGAUUAUCAAACAUUCCUCGUAUGCAAACGAAAAACUGAGGAUGUACGGUUUGAAGAAUUCAACAGAAAUCCAACCCUUACAGUGA